AACAAAAAUAACAAUCGCCAGGCUCCUUCGCUGCAUCCGUCGUGGCUACGUUUUCCGUAUCUGAUAUCAGUUUAUGUUCAUCACCAGCGGUCGUUUCCCAUCGUGAAUACUUACUAGAGAAUUUUUGUCGUUCGACUCGAAGAAUUUUCGGUCCUUGUAGACAUGUAUGGCAGUACUACUACUAUCCGACUCUGAAUCAGAGUGGAUGUUUCCUUUUGGUCUUGCUUGUAUUGUACUGGAUGAAAAUAAGAAAUCCCCAUCGCAUAAACCUCGACAUCAGCAACCCGAACCCACCAGCCUAAGUGGUCUUCUGUCAAUUGUCGUGAAUUGAACCUGUGUCCUAAAUCCUAACCCCCACAACUGCCCGGCACGUACUCACAUUGUCGGCGUUGCCAUACUUUUAGCUUUAGCGAUCUUGAUGCUCAUUAUGCAGGCCAUUCGUCGUUAUUGUUGCUCUGUCGAGCCAGGCUUACCGAGAUAAAGUAAAAAAGAAAAAACCACGACGUUGAUGUUGGCCGGUCCCCAUACAAGUUUGUAGACUGAGUCCUCUAGCUGCCGCGGUCCGCCUACAGUUUUUUUAAUAUACACAAGUAAUUUCAGGAUGAGCUUGAGCAUGAGAUCGUCAUCGUGUCACUUGUGAUUUAGCUGCGCGAUACUAUUUGUUCGUCUAGCUUUGUCUUCAUUUCUACCCAAAAAUAACCCGAAAAUGUUCCUCCGUUGUUCGUCCCUCCGUCGUUUCGGUCGUCCUGCGAAUCUGCAGCGGAGCAACCUCUUCAACGAGCUUAAGCCACCCGACAUUGCAAGAUUCCAGGAGAUUUGCGGCGCGGCCAACGUUUUCACGGCGGCAAACAACGACGACUUAACGAAGUACAACCAGGAUUGGCUGGGGAUUGUAAAAGGCGAAUCGAAGUGUGUAAUCCGGCCGGGUUCCACUCGACAGGUUUCCAAAAUCCUGAAACACUGCAACGCGCAGAAACUCGCGGUGACCCCCCAGGGCGGGAACACGGGCCUCGUCGGCGGGUCCGUGCCCGUAUUCGACGAAGUGGUGCUUUCUAUGGAGAAAAUGAACAAGACGAUCAAGAUCGACGAAAAGGCGGGCGUUGCGGUCUUCGAGGCGGGAAAAAUACUCGAGCAGGCAAACGCCGAGUUGAAUGAGAAAGAACUUCUUUUCCCCCUCGACCUGGGCGCGAAGGGCAGCUGUCAAUUGGGCGGCAACCUGGCCACGAACGCCGGCGGGCUGCGGCUGUUGCGGUACGGAAACCUGCACGGCUCUUGCCUCGGUCUGGAGUUCGUGAAGGCGGACGGGACCAUUGUGGAUGUUUUGUCGCGAAACAAAAAGGACAACACGGGAAUCGACUUGAAACAGUUGUUAAUCGGCUCCGAGGGGACGCUCGGGGUGAUCACGAAAGCGGCGUUUCAGUGCCCGGUGCUGCCGAACGAUGUGAACGUGUUACUCUGCUGCGCUCGCUCCUAUAACGACUGUGUGGAGUUGUUCAAGAAAGCACGCGAGCAGCUCGGGGAAAUUCUCUCCGCGUUCGAAUUCUUCGACAGUCGGUGCGUGAAGGUCACAAGCGAGAAUCUGAAAUUGAAGCCGCCAGAGUUUUUUCCAGCAACAAGCUUGGAGGACCCACAAGAGGACAAAAACUUUUUCGCGGUGCUGGUCGAAACCAGCGGCGGGAACGGCGAGCAUGACCAGGAGAAGCUGGAAUCCUUUUUGGAAUCGUCAAGCGAUUUGAUUUAUGCAUUGCAAAUUUAUAUGUCUGGGUCUGCGUCUGGAAGAUUUAGGGGGUUUGUCAUGCUGCAAAUUGUACAUGGCUCCCGGUGCCUGUGAUGCAUGCUCUAGCAUGACAGCUUUGGCUUUCGCGAAGGUUUGCUCAUUCCUAUACUGCAUGAGAAAUGCCCACUCCGGGUGGCAACAGUCUGACUCUGAGGCUCCUUCGCCUCUCUUGCAAUACAGAUUUUUGUCUGGUAGUGGUCCACAGCUAGCAUCACAAAUCCCGUCCUUUCCAGACCCAGACAUAUUUGCAUUUGAUAUGAUUACCGACGGUUCCGUUGCCGCGUCGAAGCAGCAGCAAAAGGAUUUCUGGGCGAUGCGGGAACGAAUCGCCGAGGCGCUGGUUCACGAUGGCUACACCUACAAAUAUGACGUUUCCGUGCCGAACCUGUCCGACAUCUACAAAAUCGUGGGCGCGUGUGAGGAAAGAUUAGUCGAAGGCGGUGUGUUCGCAGCAAGAACUGCAACAUCGUCCAGCACUGAGGGUCGUGACGGAAAUAAUGAUAAUCACGACCAAGCCACCCGCAUCGUCGGGUACGGGCACAUGGGGGAUGGGAACCUCCAUUUAAACGUGACGAGUAGGAAGUUCAGCCCAAAGAUCCAGGAUUUGCUCGAGCCGUGGCUGUGGACGGAGGUGCAGAAAUACAAUGGCAGCAUCAGCGCGGAGCACGGCAUAGGCUUGAUGAAAGUGAAUGCGAUUCAGUAUUCAAAAAACGCGUCUGCGAUAAAUUUGAUGCGGAGUUUGAAGAAAACCAUGGAUCCAAAUGGAAUUCUCAAUCCCUACAAGGUUUUCGCGGAAAUAUGA